CAGAGCUUUCAUUAGUUACAGGGAUCACUUUGUGCCCAUCAGAGGGUCGCCCAUUCUCCACUGAUUGAGCGAUCUUUCCUCCUCGUCUGUGGCGCUCCACAUGUCAUGCAGCAUGCUUGAUCACUCCACGCCCCCAACCUUUAAAACAGCCCCGGUGUGCGGGAAUCCACCUGCUACAAUAAUAAUAAAUCAGGAGAAAACAAACGCGGUGACUUUCGCUUCCUCUUCACUUUGAGGCAGCUCCACUUCCUCAUUAGCCUGCCUCACAGUCGGGUGUCGGUCAUGAAGGACGAAACAGGACAGUAUGAAGAACAUGAAGUCUUCUCUCGCCAGGAUCUGUACGGAGAUUACAGGAGCUGUUACCUUCAACUCGGUGCUGAGGUUCGGCCGUGUCGGGACCCCGGGCUCCUGAAGAGGGCGACCCAGUUCCUGCUGAGAAACCCAAAUCUGAAAGACAUUUUCACGGUGUUCCCGUUCUACCAGGCUGUGACGGAGAGGUGUGGUGACGGCACCGACAGCAGGAAACACCUGACAGCCUUCAUCAAAGCCACUGAAAUGCUGGAGACCCUCUGCCUCAACAUGUUUCUGCAACCCUGGAAGAAGGAGAUCAGGUCUCUCAAGACCUUUACAGGUGCCUUUGUAUACUGUCUGUUGCCAGUUCUCAGCGGCUCCACUAUUCAGUCUGUUUUGGCCUCUAUCGGCUACCUGCCUAACAGUGAUGCUUCACAGAGUGAGUUCAUUCUUAGUACUGAUGCUGAUGCAGACAGAGCUUUGCUGUUGGGAUUUGAGCUGCUGCUGGCCAGAGUGGAAUGUUAUUAUUUCCUGGACCUAAUGGUGGAGCCUCAACUGGGACCACAGGAGUGGUUAGAUGUUCUACAGAGAAGAAAGUUGGUAGAUCCCACAGAAAAGCAGACGAUACCGGAAGAAAGGCAAGACAACGAUGAGAAGAAUAAGUUGGAUAAGACAGAGGAACCUCCGUUUUUUGACACCAGGAAAUCAUCAGUUCCUCAGCCUGAGCCUCGACAUUAUCGCAUCAACAGUGUAGACCAAUCAGUUAUGGAACUGCAGAGGACAUACCCAGACCUGGCCUUCAGGGGUCGCCCUCUGCUCCCAGACCAACCCCAAAAAGCACACCCCGCCACAACUGGCAGUGUUGCGGAUGGUACUUCUGUGCUUUCAAAAACAAACCUGAUCAAAGAGAGUAAAGCUGCUUCUCCAACAGUCCUCAGUGGAGAUGAUGGUUGUAAUGACAGGAACAACGUUGGGGUUGCCGUCCCCUCAGAUACUGCAGGCCUCAGCUUCAAGAACUCUGAUGAAACCAGAGUGGAUGAUGAUCACCUCAGUGGUCCUCAAGCCAUUUCCCUUCACAUCACACUGAGAACAGGACCUAAAGCAGAGUCAAGCAUGAAGCGAGGAAAACUUCAUCCCACCACAGAGUCUUCAGAUGACACACAGCAAAAAUCAAGCAGUGAAAAUGUGAUGGAUGACAAACCGGAGUCUUCCUCCUUAAGCUCCACUGAUGAAGAACAACAACUGAGAGCACUGGCAGAGAGCAUGGGACAACCUUCUGUACAAGGAGAUGAAGAGAAGGUGAAGGGAAAACAUGUCGACAUGAACUGAGAGACGUGUGAAAACCAAAAGCAAGGGACCAAGCUCUGAGAAAGGAUCGCCAAAGAAAAUCCUGAGGCUGAAAGAGACAAUGUUUUUAAAUAUUUAUCAUUUUCCUUAUUUUUUUUUUUUUUUUACACUCUCCUUCUGUUUGGCUUUGUGCAGAUGUGAAACAAUCUGAUGCAGAGUGAUAUCAUCAGGCCACUGGAGCUCACCAAUCAGAGCAAUCUAAGCUUUUUGAGGAAGGGAAUGUUUUAGACGUUUUAAUUUUUAUUUUUCACUAGGUGUCUAGUAAUAAGAUGCUUUAAAAUUCCAAUAGGUGUGAUGAUUAUUUGUUGCUAAAAUAAACUUAUUGGUAUUUCAAAAA